AUGGACAAUUUCGGCUUUGGCAUCGGUGGUUCUUUGAAGAUGGAACCCAGAUUUCAGAACUACGGUGAAGGAUAUUCUUUCGAUAAUAAGAAGAGUGGUUUAGGCACCGACUUGCGGCUUAAUUCGAAACAAACCCCUGCACACUACUCAUAUUCUUAUGGUAAUGGUUAUUCACAGAUGAACGGUUCAGGCAUCAUUAAUCCAAAUGACCAAUUCGCAGCUUUCAACUCGAACACGAGUAUUGGCGGAUUUCUGGGAAAUGAGACUUCAAGCAACUACGUUUACUCUUCAAACGAAAAGUACGAGCCAGCAAUUCCUCAAGCCCCUACGAUAACUGGAAGCUACUCGACUGUGGGAUCUUCACCUUCAUUGACUACCGUCAAACUUGAUGAUGAUAGACAGAAAUUUUUGAGAUUUGACAACUACAAGUCAGACUCUCCAGCGAAUCCACACAGAAGCUCCAGAAAGUCAUCCAGUCCAAAAUCUGCUGCUGUAACUCUUCCACCCAGAAUUGAUGCAUCUGGAAAGGUAAAGCGGUCCAGAAAAGGAUGUCUCACAUGCCGUCACCGCAAGAAACGCUGUUGUGAGUCGAAGCCAAAGUGCACAGAAUGUCAGAGGCUAGACUUACCUUGCAAAUGGCCUCUUCCUGGUACCGAAAAUAAAAACAGGUCUAAGAAUAAUGAUUUCAGCAGAGAUGAAAUCAAGCAUGAGAUUUAUGGAAGAAUUAAGGUCUUGAGGGGUAUUGUCGAUUACAAGUUGGAUGGUUAG